GACAUUACAGCUUGUGUUGAGGUAAAAAUGAAUCAGUUAGGGAUCGUAUUGACAAUCAUGCAUAGGUCAUGUCAGCUCUUCAUCAACGCUUUCCAACCACAUUUACACCUCUUUUAACUUUUCAGCUUGUCAAAGUACUACAAGUACCUACAAAACAAUACUUGGCCACUCUUACUCCUGAGCAGAGAGAAAAGGAAGAAUCAGUACGAAUCACCAAACAACGCACGUAUCUACGUAUUGCUUGUGAACUUUGGCUUGUAAGCGUAUUACGUAAUGUAGACGAUGGGAUACCUACUUUAUCCAAUGUCAAUUUAGGUGGCGUUGAGACCCACCGUGAUGCAGUUGCAGGAUUGAUUGGUGAGUCCAACAAAAACAAUAACAAUAGCAAGAAGAAUACGAAAUCUGUAGAACAAGGUGGAUUUAUAUACAAGAUCUUAAAAGACAUGCUUGCAAAUGAUACAGAACAUCAUUUUAAUUUACCUCUUGUGGCCUCUUUCCUCAAGAAUUAUGGUCAGAGUGUGUUGGCUAUCGUGCCUCGAAAACAACGAGCAGCAGCAGAUCAACAUCAGGAAUCAAACACAGUAACUAUCGAUCAAGACUCUGUAGUUACCCCCGAUACACAUGCACUUUUAAUGAAUUUGUUUUCAGGCUACUAUAAGACAGUCUGUACUCAUUUGACAAAAAUGCAUAAGCUUGUUCAGAAAAUGAAUCGACAUAAUGAUGAAGUAUUGUUUGCUCGAGGUGAAUUGUCUGAAGAAAACAAGCAGAAAUAUGAAAAGGCAACCAAGGCAUAUGAAAAGCUAUUGAACCAUACACAAACAUUAUCAGAUGCAUUAGAUCAAGAUAUGCCAGAUCUUCCUGUAGAUGAAGCUACAACAAAACAGUCCAUUGUGAGUGCAAACACGAGCAACAUGUUUGUUGAUGGAAAAGAAAAUUUGGGUAAUGGUAUUUGGGAAGAUGAUGAUGCACGCAAGUUUUAUGAAGAUUUACCUGAUCUUCGUAUUUUGAUACCUGAUGUCUUUCUGGAUUCUCAACAACAACAGCCAAAAGAACAAGAACAAGAACAAGAACAAGAACAAGAACAAGAACAGGAACAGGAACAAGAACAAGAAGAAGAGGAAGAGGAAGAGGAUAUAGAAGGAGAAGAACUUAUGGACCCAGCUGAAAUGGUAGAAGAAGCUAUUGAGAACACAGACGAAACCACGGAUGGCACCAACAAACCUUCCACUCAAAGUGUCCAAUUAGACAGUUUGUUGGCUCGUUUACCUACCUGUGCUAAUCGUGACUUGAUUGAUAGCGCUGCAGUCGAUUUCUGUUACAUGAACAAUAAGAAUGCACGCAAAAAACUAGUCAAGACACUCUUAAAUGUUCAACGCCAACGUCUUGAUCUGUUGCCUUACUAUUCUCGGUUGAUUGCUACUCUUAACGUGUAUUUUGCUGAUAUUGGUGAAAUGGCACUUGCUGCCUUGACAUUCGAAUUCAAGGGUCUUCAACGUAAAAAGACACAGGACUUGUUAGAGUCUCGUAUCAAAAACAUUCGGUUCUUGUCUGAACUGACUAAGUUUCGAGUGACACCUGCUCAUACCAUUUUCCAUUCAUUCAAGGUAGCCCUUGAUGAUUUCACAAACCAUAAUAUAGAUAUUGUAUGUAACUUGUUGGAAACCUGUGGUCGCUUCUUGCUCAAGUCACCCGAGACAAGUGCACGUAUGGUUGGUAUGUUGGAGACUGUGAUGCGUAAAAAGAAUGUACAGCAUUUAGACAGUCGAUAUGCACUCAUGGUUGAAAAUGCGUAUUAUCAAGCCAAUCCACCAGAUAAGCCCGCUAUUCAAGUCAAGGAAAGAUCCACUAUGGAACUCUAUAUUCGAAAACUGAUUCAUGAAGACUUAUGUAAGAAGGCUUUGGAUAAGAUUCUUAAGCAGUUACGUAAAUUGCACUGGGAAGAUCCUCAGAUUCAAACAGUCAUGAUCAAGAUCUUUCAAAAGAUUUGGAAAGUCAAGUUUGGCAACAUUCAUUUGAUGGCCAUCUUGGCGAGUGGUCUGAAUCGAUACCAUACUGAUUUUGGCAUUCAAAUUGUGGAUGGUGUGAUAGAAGAAAUCCGUAUUGGAUUAGAACAAAACAUCUUUAAGCAUAACCAGAGACGUAUUGCAGUAGCCAAAUAUUUAGGUGAAUUGUACAAUUAUCGUAUGAUUGAGUCGCCUCUUAUCUUUGACACCUUGUAUUCCAUUGUCACAUUUGGUCAUGAAUAUGGUCGCCCUGCAAGAGAAAGAUAUUGUGCUAUUGAUGCACCUAAUGAUUUCUUCCGUAUUCGUCUUUGUUGUACUUUAUUAGAUACCUGCGGUAUGUGUUUUGACCGAGGAUCUUCCAAGAAGAAGCUUGAUCAUUUCCUUACAUUCUUCCAGAUGUAUGUCUUGAGUAAAAAUAAACCUCCUAUGGAUGUUGAUUUUAUGAUUACGGAUACCCUUGAAAUGCUUCGACCUCAAAUGAGCAUUUUGACUUCGUAUGAAGAAGCCAAUGAAGCAGUUGACCGCAUGCUCCUAGAACAAUUAAAAACUGUCCAAGCAAGUGAAGGUAAACCCUUAAUGGAAGAUGGGUUUGGAGAAAGUGAAGCCUCCGAUUCUUCUUUAAGUGAUGAAGAAGAUGCUGAUAUGCUCGAUGAAGAAGAAAACGAAAGCGGUGAAAAUGAACAAGCCAAUGGCAUUGAGCAAGACGGAGAAGAAGAAGAUGAAGAGGAUGUGGUUAUUCUAAACAACAAACGAGAGCAACAACUUUCCAGAGAGGAAGAAGAGGACUUUGAGCGUGAAUUCAGUAAGAUGAUGAGCGACAGUAUUGAUUCUCGCAAGUUUGAAAAGAAAGCUGCCAUGCUAGAUGUGCCUAUUCCAAUGAACUUGCGAGGUUCACAAGAUCGUCGUACAAUGGUCCAAGGUAUCAAUAAGCCCGAAACAGGAAAAAUGGCAUUUACAUUAUUGACAAAGAAAGGCAACCGACAACAGACUAAAAUUAUGCAAGUGCCUUCAGAUUCAGUGUUGGCUGUAAGCACACGUAGUAAACAAGAAGCUGAAAGAGAAGAACAACAGCAAUUGAAGCAACUUGUGUUGAGUUAUGAAGAAAGAGAAGAAGCAGCAGCUCGUCAAGGUACGUUAGUAAAUGUAUGAUUCGAUUUUUUUUUAUUUUCUUAUGCAUGGUUUAGCUGCAGCUGAUGAAAGGGCGAGAUCAAGAGGUCAAUUCCGCGGUCGAAAAGUACUUCAAAUGAGCGGCGGUGGUGGCGCUGGUAGCGGAGGUAGUUUUUCUGGCUGGUAAAGAACAAAAAGAAAAGAAGAAAAUGCGGGGUAUAUUUACAAGCAUUAAUUCAUGCAUCUGCAAAAAUAGAAAGAAAGUUUAAUCCUAAUGAUUGGUAUUUUAUUGUUCAUUUGACAGUGACAUUAGCCCAAAAAAAUUAAUAUAAAACACCAAUAAGAAUCAUCCAGAAUCUUACAACCUGAA